GUCAGUACUUGUUUGGGGUUUUUUUUAAUCUUAACACCGGGAUCCUCCGCCUCUUUCCCAUCCUUUCAGUAGAUUUCUGUUCGAGUUCCAACCCUCGGCUCCCGAUCGUGUAUGGUAUAUUUGGGCUGAUUAUUUGCUGAUUCACCCGCAGAAGACUGUAACAGCAUAAGGGGACUGGAAUAUUCCGGAGUCUCCAGCAUCUGCCUCUGCUUUGUCAUCUGUGAAGCAUUGUGUAAAGGUGUGACCAAUGCCGAAAAACAGUAAGGUUACACAACGUGAGCACAGCAAUGAGCCUGUCACGGAGUCUGUCGCCGAUCUCCUUGCUGGAGAGGAACCUAUUGACUACAAGCGCAGUGCACUCAAUAUAGGAGGAGUCCCACCCACCAAGGAUAAGGAUGUAGAGAACGCCAUGGAGAUUGAAGAUCGGCCAGCCUGGAACAACAAACUGCAGUAUAUUCUGGCUCAGAUUGGCUACUCGGUGGGUCUGGGAAAUGUCUGGCGUUUCCCCUACCUGUGUCAGAAAAAUGGUGGAGGUGCUUAUCUUGUUCCAUACUUCAUUCUGCUUCUUAUCAUUGGGAUUCCUCUGUUUUUCCUGGAACUUGCAGUGGGCCAGAGGAUAAGGAGGGGAAGUAUUGGUGUCUGGAAUUAUAUCUGCCCCAGGCUGGGAGGCAUUGGAUUUGCAAGUUGCAUUGUGUGUUUCUUUGUUGGGCUUUACUACAAUGUCAUUAUCGGUUGGAGUAUAUUUUACUUUUUCAAAUCCUUCCAGUCUCCACUUCCAUGGAGCGAGUGCCCACUGAUCACCAAUGGCACUGUUACCAUUAUAGAGCCAGAAUGUGACAAGAGUUCAGCUACAACCUACUUCUGGUACAGAAAUACACUGAACAUCUCCAACAAUAUUAACGAUGGAGGUGGUCUCAAUUGGAAGAUGACUCUCUGCCUGUUGUCUGCCUGGUUUAUUGUAGGAUUAUGUACAAUCAAGGGCAUCCAGUCAUCUGGCAAGGUGAUGUACUUCAGUUCUCUGUUUCCGUAUGUUGUCCUGAUCUGUUUCCUGAUUCGAAGUCUCCUACUCAGAGGUUCAAUUGAUGGAAUUCUCCACAUGUUCACUCCUAAGUUGGAGAAGAUGAUGGAACCGCAGGUAUGGAGGGAAGCAGCUACACAGGUCUUCUUUGCUCUUGGUCUUGGGUUUGGGGGAGUCAUCGCCUUCUCCAGUUACAACAAGAAAGACAACAACUGCCAUUUUGAUGCAGCCCUUGUGGCUUUCAUUAAUUUCUUCACCUCUGUUCUGGCAACACUUGUGGUGUUUGCGGUCCUAGGGUUCAAAGCCAAUGUGAUGAAUGAGAAAUGUGUCAUAAUGAAUUCUGAAAAGAUUAUUGGAUACCUGAACUCCAAAGUCCUGAGCCAUGAUCUGAUUCCACCACACAUCAAUUUCUCACAUCUCACAGCUUCUGAUUAUGCAGAAAUGUACAGUGUCAUAAAGACAGUGAAGGAGGACCAUUUCAAGGAAUUAGGGCUGGACACAUGUCAGCUGGAGGAUGAGCUGGAUAAGUCGGUACAGGGAACAGGCUUGGCAUUUAUUGCCUUCACAGAGGCAAUGACCCAUUUCCCAGCUUCCCCCUUCUGGUCCGUACUCUUCUUCCUGAUGCUCAUUAAUCUUGGACUGGGCAGCAUGAUGGGAACAAUGGAAGGAAUCAUGUCGCCAAUUGUUGACACAUUUAAAGUUCGCAAAGAGCUUUUAACAAUCGGUUGCACGACAGUUGCUUUCUCAAUCGGACUCAUCUUCGUCCAGCGUUCUGGGAACUACUUUGUCACAAUGUUUGAUGAUUACUCUGCCACACUGCCCCUCACUAUUGUGGUUAUUUUGGAAAAUAUAUCUGUAUCUUGGAUUUAUGGGACAAAAAAGUUCAUGCAGGAGUUAACAGAAAUGCUGGGCUUCACUCCGUACAGCUAUUAUUACUACACCUGGAAGUACAUCUCUCCUCUGGCCAUGGCUAUCCUGAUGGUGGCCAGCAUUAUUCAGAUGGGCAUUACUCCACCAGGAUACAAUGCCUGGAUAAUGGAGGAGGCUACGGAGAAGUUCCUGAUAUUCCCAGGGUGGGCCCUGGGAAUGACCAUUGCACUGAUUGUAGUGGGAGUUCUUCCCAUUCCCAUUGUCUUCAUUGCCCGCCACUUUCAUCUUGUUUCUGAUGGGUCCAAUACUUUGUCUGUUUCAUACAAACGAGGUCGAAUGAUGAAAGACAUAUCCAACUUGGACGACCAUGACGAGACCAGGUUCAUCCUGAGCAAGGUCCCCAGUGAGACGCCUUCACCGAUGCCCACUCAUCGCUCCUAUAAUGGACCAGAUAGCAUCUCGCCAAUGGAAAUGACUGCUGCCAAUGGACGAUACGGGGUUGGCUACCUAUCAGCAGACACUCCCGAAUCCGAACUCUAAGGUGGAUUGAGAAAGGAAGCUCAGCUCAAAAUGCAUUUGUAAUAUAAAGUGAAACAGUAAGUGGUGCAACGAUUAAUCAUCAGUCGUUACUGGGGCAAACAACCCAUGACUAGAUCGAUUUGACAAUGAUCUUCACUGGUAUAUAACCAAUUCAAAUAGUGUAAGCAGUAUGGAUCUUCAGCGGUGUAGGCACUGGUCUCGGACCUGUCUCAAAGCAGGUAACAUUGAGAAUGCAUUUUAAUAAACCUGGCUUGUAUCAGCUCAGGCAACACAUAUACCUCUUGAGUCAGCACAAAUAAUACAUAAGUAUAUUAUAUUUUUCUCCAUCAGUACAAGUAACACAAAAACUAUCCCUAUAAAAGCACAGAUAAUCCAUAUAUUCCAGCCUUAUAACAAUACAGGCAUUGUAUGUAGUAACCUCUUAUCUAUAUACUGAACUGUACCUACUGAUAUAUAUGCUGAUCCUGUUUCAGCAAAACUGCAUUAUAUGCUCCGCCUGCAUAAAGAGAUACAAUAUACUGUCAUAUUAUUGCCAGUGGUAUAGGCUCUGCACAUUAUCUGUCAGCACAUUCAGCACAAAUGUCAAAUAGACUUCUAGCACAAGCAAUAUGUUUCUCAGCCCUGAUUCAGUACAACUACUUUAUAGGCUAGACCUGCAUAGGCUCAUAAAUAUAGACUCAGGAAGACUAAUGCUGUAUUAAAUGCAUAUGUUAGUACAAAUGCAUGCGCUUGCUGGUGUCUUCUGUGGUAUUAAUGUCCACACAGACAUUCCAUAUAGAUAUUAUGUCCCAGCAAAGAUGCUGGAUAUAGAAGCCACAUCAGUACAGAUGUUGUCCAUAUCAAGCUUAUGUCAAAUGGUAAUUGCAUGUGAAAAUCACUUAUCAAUAUGGAUAUGGCUAGUAGUAGCCAAAUAUUUAGCAUGUGAUUUGCAUGCCUUAGCUCUGAAAAGAUGUUGUAUCCACUUAUUGUGUGUUAAUACAAACAUACAAACAUUACACGUACUAGCCAUGUGUUAGUAUGAAUGGUGCAUGCAUUAGACCUGUCAGUGCACUACUGGCAGUAAUGAGCCAUAUCUAUGUGUAGGUCUUGCAUGUAUUUGCUAUGCAUCAGCAGAAAUGUCAUAUGUGCUUUCUGGCUGUUGUACAAAGACUGGGAGAAAUUGCUGUGGGUUAGUACAGUACACUGCAUGGAAUAGUGGUGCGUUGGUACAAGACGUGGAGCCAUAUUACUGUUGAUGUUGCAUGUGCUUGCUUUGCAUUGGAGCAGAUGUUGCAUGUACUAACCACGUCUGUAAAGAUAGUCAUAGUCAUAGUCAUACUUUAUUGAUCCCGGGGGAAAUUGGUUUUCGAGGUACUAGCUCUCUCUCUGUACAGUGGUUACACGUACCUGCUCAACGUGCAUGGAUGUGCGCACUCACCUUGUCAGAACACAAACGUUGUUUGUGCAGUGUGUCACUACCACUGUUGCAUGUAUGUAUCAAUGAAGGUAUUGCGAGUGCUAGCAGUAUUUCAGUACGUAUUGCAUGUGUAUAUUGUGUCAGUAGUGAUGAUGCAUGCCCUUGCCAUAUCUACAGCCCUUACAUGCUUUUGACAUGUGAAUGUAGAUGUGAAAGUACGAGCUAGGUAUCAAUAUGCCGUAAAUAAUACAAGUACUAACAUGACAUUUGCUCUGGAUGCUCCGAGAACUAGCUGUGUUGUCAGCCCAAGUGUGACACACACUUGUCAUUCAUCCAUACAGAUUGUCAUCAGCCAGUGCUCAGUACAGAUGGGACAUGUCCUUGGCCACGUAUCUGUACGAUGUAGCUACUGAGUACAUAUGACACAUGUACUUAUUGCCAGAGUAAAUGCAUUCUGAGUUUGUAUUUGAUUCCAUGGACUAUUAAUGGACCCACUGACUAUCCAGAUCCAGUAUUUGUACUAACCCAGGGCUAGCACAUGCAACCAUGCACAAGUGAUUUAGCAUCUAAGUAAAAGAUUCCCUUGUUAGGUAGAUUCACUUCCACAUAUCAGGUCUCAUCAACCUUAGAUCUGCAGGCAGACUUACCCCCAAGCACAAAUGAUAGGAACUUGUCGAUACAUUAAAUCAGCAACUCUAAGGCGAGCAGGUCUCUGGAAGGAGAUACAUCGAGUUACAGUUAAUACACAUUAGAUUUUCCAUAGAUAUUAUUGUAUUCUGAAUACAACCUUUUUCCUCUCCAGUGCCUCGUUACUGAGACAAGGCCCUAACAAUCAGGGCCAUCAAAUUCAUCAAAUCUAGGCAAAAAAUUUCAAGGUGGUCUUCUCCCAGAGUCACAGGUGCAUUAAGAAGGGGGCCAAGACUCAGUUUUGCAGGUAGAAAUGGGCCUGGCUGAGUAGUGGUUCAGUUUCUCCACUGAUAACUCAGAGGUGUGAUUUUAGAUGCUACCAUUGCUACAGAAUUAAAUACUGCUUAAUUGAAAAAUUAGGAAGUAUGAAGCUGGAAUGGGAAAAAGUGAUCAUGAAGCUGUUGGAUUCUCUUAAAAUUCCAACUGAUUCAGUGUUGUCCUUAAGAAAGUUUCCUGCCUUUACCCAAGUCUCAACCAAGCUGUGGUCCCACAGCAACUACAUUCUGAAAUCAGUUCACUUGUAAUGGGCAAUGACUGUGGCCAUACUGAUGGAGGUGGAGACAGUGAAUAAAUAAACCCCUGCUCAUCCAGAAUAGGAUCCAAGCUUGCUCUCAGCCUCCACACCUUUAAUUUCAGUCUCACGUUUUGCCUGAGCCCCCACACAGAAAGGGCUUUUUCUCGAGUUCACAACAGUGUCAGUCUGUUUCCCCUCAACCCUCUGCUCAGCCAUUCCUCUGCUCAGUCACCCAUCACUCACUACCUUCCAUCCCACCCUCUCUUCACCUUUCCUCCACUCACCUAUCCACCACUGUUCUUUCCUUCAUUCACUCUGCCCACCUCUUACUCUACAUGCUCCAUAUAUUUCUCUCCCCCGUUCUUCCUCCAACCCAACAUUCCCCCUCUGUAUUCUCCUCUCCACUCAAACCCAUCACCCUCUUUCCACUCAUUCUCCCUUCCAUACUUCUCUCCUUCAUUCUGUAGUUUAACUUGGCUGUUAUAUUCUCCAAGUGUAAUAUUCUCCAAUGCCUUAAUGCUGUAAUAUUAGACCAGAGGACUUAGGAGCAGAAUUAGGCCAUUCAGCCCAUUGAAUCUGUCUGCCAUUUGAUCAAUGGCUGAUUUACUUACCUGCUCAACCACAUUCUCCUGCCUUCUCUCUGUAACCUUUGAUGCCGUUACUAAGCAAGAACCUUUCAACCUCCACUUUAUAUAUACCCAAUGACCAGCCUCCAUUGCUGUCUGUGGCAAUAAAUUCCACAGAUUCACCACCCUCCGGCUAAAGAAAUUACUCCUUUGCAAACCAACAAGAAAACUUGAACUUGUUUAUGCCAUGUUAGCAUAGCCAAAACUAACACUUACACCACAGGUAGAAAAAAAACAAUCAGCUGCAUAAACACUCCAAAUUGCUAACUAGUGACUCCUCUGAUGCUUUCACAGUCAAAUGAUGUUUUGUUAUUCCAAACAACAGGAAUUCUGCAGAUGCUGGAAAUUCAAGCAACAUACAUCAAAGUUGCUGGUGAACGCAGCAGGCCAGGCAGCAUC